AUCCCGCCCCUCAGCCUGGGGCCGCGGCCGCUGGGGCUCGGGCGCGGCGCUUCCUACCCGGUGCCGGUUCCCGGCUGAGACGCUGCGGCCGCUCGCCCUACCUGCCACGGCCCGGCCGGUUCCUCCGCGCCGCACGUGGGCGCGCCCGCCGACAAGGGACGCUGCUGUCGCGGAUACUUUCUCCGCUGUGAGAAUGUAAGAUGGAUCCAGAAGAGCAGGAACUCCUGAAUGAUUACAGAUACAGAAAUUACGCUUCGGUGAUUGAAAAGGCUUUAAGAAAUUUCGAGUCCUCAAGUGAAUGGGCGGAUCUCAUAUCUUCGCUGGGCAAGCUCAACAAGGCCCUUCAGAGUAACCUGAGGUAUUCCUUAUUGCCAAGACGGCUCAUUAUCAGCAAGAGGUUAGCUCAGUGCUUGCAUCCUGCCUUGCCCAGCGGUGUGCACCUAAAAGCCCUAGAAACCUAUGAGAUUAUCUUCAAAAUUGUGGGGACCAAAUGGCUGGCCAAGGAUUUGUUCCUCUACAGCUGUGGGUUGUUUCCUCUUCUGGCGAACGCGGCCAUGUCGGUGAGGCCUGUGCUGCUCGGCCUGUAUGAGAAAUACUUUCUCCCGCUGCAGAAGCUGCUCCUGCCCAGUCUGCAGGCCUUCAUUGUGGGCCUGCUGCCCGGCCUGGAGGAGGGCUCUGAGAUCUACGACAGAACAGAUGCUCUGCUCCUGAGGCUGUCCCUGGUGGUCGGCAAAGAGGUGUUUUACGCUGCCCUUUGGGGAAGCGUCCUGGUGAGCCCAUCCAUCCGCCUUCCUGCCUCUCUCUUUGUGGUGGGCCAUAUCAGCAGGGACUCGCCGGGCAAGGAGCAGAAGUACAUGCUGGGGACGGAUUACCAGCUCACGGUAAAGUCUCUAUGUGCCUCACUGUUGGACUCAAAUGUCCUGGUGCAAAGAAAUAACCUGGAAAUUGUUCUGUUCUUCUUUCCAUUUUAUACCUGUCUGGACUCCAGUGAGAGAGCCAUUCCCUUGCUCAGAUCAGACCUCGUGCAGAUCCUGUCAGCGGCCACCCAGACCCUACUGAGGAGAGACAUGUCUCUGAACAGAAGACUUUAUGCGUGGUUACUAGGUUCAGAUAUUAAAGGAAAUACCAUCGUGCCAGAAUCUGAGCUCUCAAAUUCUUACGAAGACCAGUCCUCGUAUUUUUUUGAAAGAUAUUCCAAGGAUCUUUUAGUUGAGGGUCUAGCUGAAAUACUGCACCAGAAGUUCUCAGACGCCGACGUAGAGGAACGUCACCACGCGUACCUGAAGCCGUUCCGAGUCCUCAUCAGUCUGCUCGACAAGCCGGAAAUAGGGCCUCGAGUGGUUGGGGAUUUGUUUCUCGAAGUCAUCCGGGCCUUUUAUUCUUACUGCGGAGAUGCGCUCGGCUCCGAUCUUAAACUUAGUUAUACCCAGAGUGGAAACUCGCUAAUAAGUGCAAUAAAAGAAAACAGAAAUGCCUCUGAGAUUGUUAAAACAGUGAAUUUGCUGAUCACGUCCCUCAGCACAGACUUUCUCUGGGACUAUAUGACCAGGUGUUUUGAGGACUGCUUUAGACCAGAGAAGAGGACUUUUCCUGUUGGGAAGAGCAUCGGCCCUCCCCCGACCGUGUCAGAACUCUGCACCCUCUUGGUGUUCCUCCUGGACGUUAUCCCCUUGGAACUUUACUCUGAAGUGCAAACCCAGUACCUCCCUCAGGUGCUGGGCUGCCUGGUGCAGCCUCUGGCUGAGGAGAUGGAGGCGUUGAGCUUACCCGAGCUCACCCAAGCCUUAAAGACGUGUUUCAAAGUGCUCAGCAAGGUCCAGAUGCCACCUUCCUACCUGGACAUGGAGCCCACGAGUGGAAGCACGAGUCCAGUAAAAGGUGAAAACAGUGAAGUGAUUAUAGACACAAAGGCAGUGAUUCCGGCUGAUGAAGAUGCUUCGUUUCCUCCCCUGAAAUCUGAAGACAGCGGGAUCGGGCUGAGUGCCUCGUCGCCAGAACUCUCGGAGCACUUGAGGGUCCCCAGGGUUUCUCCGGAGAAAGACGAUGUUUGGAAGAAGGGUGGGAGCAUGCAGAGGACGUUUCUUUGCAUCCAGGAGCUGAUCGCCAACUUUGCCAACAAGAACAUUUUUGGAGCACAGCUGACAGGGGCCGGAGAAGAGAACAAGUGUGACGAGCCUGUGGGCCGGAGGGACGAGGACGGGCCACCGUGCUCAGCGGGCAGCGACUCCGACAGGAAGAACCCGUGGGACACGAAGCCCAUCAGCGUGCCCCAGUUUAAGCAGAUGCUCUCAGACUUGUUCACAGCUCGAGGGUCUCCGUUUAAGACAAAAAGUGCAGAGUUGCCAUCGCCUCCGCCCAGGAGCCCCGGCCAAAUAAAGGAGGAGGACUGGGCUAUGGAGCAGGUGGUUGUUGACUUGAGCUCACGGGAGGGCUGCAGGGAAGCCUUCGCGGCCGCCUGCCACCUGCUGCUGGACUGCGCCACCUUCCCCGUCUACCUGUCCGAGGAGGAGACGGAGCGGCUCUGCGAAGCGCUCUUCCAGCUUCCCGGGGCCGGCGAUUGCAGCUUCCCGUCCUGGCUGAGGUCCCUCAUGACUGUCAGCUGCUGUGUGAACGACUGCUUCCUCCAGAACGUGGCCAUCUCCACCCUGCUGGAGGUGAUCAACCAUUCCCAGUCCCUAGCGCUUGUCAUCGAAGACAAGAUGAAACGUUAUAAAAGCUCUGGACACAACCCGUUCUUCGGCAAGCUGCAGAUGGUCACAGUCCCUCCCAUUGCUCCAGGGAUACUGAAAGUCAUCGCAGAGAAGACCGACUUCUAUCAGAGGGUGGCUCGUGUGCUUUGGAAUCAGCUGAACAAGGAGACCCGGGAGCAUCACAUCACCUGUGUGGAGUUAUUCUACCGGCUGCACUGCCUGGCCCCGACGGCCAACAUCUGUGAAGACAUCAUCUGCCAUGCCCUCCUGGACCCUGACAAGGGAACAAGACUGGAAGCUCUGUUUAGGUUUUCUGUCAUCUGGCACCUGACGAGAGAGACCCAGGGCAGUCGUGUGACAUCUCACAAUCGCUCCUUUGACAGAUCCCUGUUUGUCGUGCUGGACAGCCUGGCCUGCACGGACGGCGCCAUCAGCGCAGCAGCCCAGGGCUGGCUGGUGCGUGCACUCUCCCUAGGUGAUGUGGCCCGCAUCCUGGAACCCAUGCUUCUGCUCCUGCUCCAGCCCAAAACCCAGAGGACCUCCAUUCACUGCCUCAAGCAGGAGAACACAGCAGAAGACUUGCACCGUUGGUUUAACAGGAAGAAAACCCCCUUCAAAGAGCCCUGUGGCGUGCCCGAGGCUCAGGAAGGCAGCUCUGAAGAAGGCAUGCCGCUUAGCCAGUUCACCACCGUUGACCGUGAGGCCAUUUGGGCCGAGGUGGAGAAGGAACCAGAGAAGUGUCCACUGGGGAGCGAGCUGAGCGAGGAUGACCUUCCCUACUACAUGGACCUUCCCGACAGGACGGCCUGCAGCGCCCCAGACAGCAGCGAGCACACAGAAUCUGCAGACACGAGCUCUGCCCACACAGACAGCGAGAACACGUCCUCCUUUUCCUCCCCUUCCCACGACCCGCAGGAGCUGAGCAAUGAAGAGAGCUGCUGUGCGCCCAUCCCCAUGGGCGGCAGGGUUCACCCCAAGCGCUCAGCCUUGCUGGCGGCCUUCCAGGCGGAAGGCUUCAAGUCUGGUGCCAAAUUAAGCCUGACUCGCGUGGACUCAGACAAGACCCAGGCUUCGGAGUCUUUCUCCAGUGACGAGGAGGCCGACUUGGAGCUCCAGGCCCUCAGCACGUCCCGGCUGCUGAAGCAGCAGCGGGAGAGGCAGGAGACCAUCGAGGCCUUGUUCAAGCACAUUCUGCUCUACCUGCAGCCGUACGAUUCCCGGCGGGUUCUUUAUGCCUUCUCAGUGUUAGAGGCCGUGCUCAAAACCAAUCCCAAGGAGUUCAUCGAGGCGGUGUCCAGGACCAGCAUGGACACCAGCUCCACCGCGCACCUCAACCUCAUCUCCAACCUCCUCGCUCGCCACCAGGAGGCCCUUGUUGGCCAGAGUUUCUAUGGAAAGCUCCAGACCCAGUCCCCCAGCGUGUGUCCCCACUCUCUGCUGAUCGAGCUCCUCACCUACCUGUGCCUCAGUUUCCUGCGCAGCUAUUACCCUUGUUACCUGAAGGUCUCCCACCGAGACGUCCUCGGCAACCGGGACGUGCAGGUCAAGAGCGUGGAGGUGUUGAUUAGAAUAAUGACGCAGCUGGUGUCCGUGGCCAAGUCUGCCGAGGGGAAGAACGUGGAGUUCAUUCACAGCUUGCUGCAGAGGUGCAAAGUUCAGGAGUUUGUCCUGCUCUCGCUGUCCGCCUCCAUGUACACGAGCCAGAAGCGCUACGGGCUGGCCACCGCCGAGCGAGGCCGGGCCCCACAGGAGGAGAGCCUCUUUGAGGAGAGUCUCAUCAACCUGGGCCGGGAUCAGAUCUGGAGCGAGCACCCGCUGCAGAUCGAGCUGCUGAAGCUGCUGCAGGUGCUCUUUGUCUUGGAGCAUCACCUGGGCCAGGUCCAAGAGGAGGCCGACAGUCAGCCGGAGCUGUCCCGGGAGUGGCGGAGGGCCCUGAACUUCCAGCAGGCCAUCAGCGCCGUGCAGUACGUGCAGCCCCACCCGCUUACCUCCCAGGGGCUGCUGGUGGCCGCCGUGGUGCGGGGGCUGCAGCCGGCCUAUGGCUACGGCAUGCACCCGGCCUGGGUGAGCCUGGUCACGCAUUCCUUACCGUACUUCGGAAAGUCCCUGGGCUGGACAGUGACUCCAUUCAUUGUCCAGAUCUGCAAAAAUUUGGACGAGCUGGUCAAGCAGUAUGAGAGCGAAUCUGUGAAGCUGUCUAUCAGCUUAACCUCCAAGAGGGAGAACAUUUCUCCGGAUUACCCGCUCACUCUUUUGGAAGGUCUGACAACCAUUAGUCAUUUUUGUCUUUUGGAACAGCCCAACCAAAACAAAAAGACCACCGUUGUAAGCGAUCCUACCAGUUUGAAAAAUGCCAAGAAUGCCAUUCUGGAAGAGUUGCCUCGAAUUGUCAACACCAUGGCCCUUCUCUGGAAUGUUCUCAGAAAGGAGGAGACUCACAAGAGACCCGUGGAUCUCCUUGGAGCCACGAAGGGAUCCUCUUCCGUUUACUUUAAAACCACCAAAACCAUGCGACAGAAAAUCUUAGACUUCUUGAACCCAUUGGCGGCCCAUCUUGGGGUUCAGUUGACAGCCGCGGCCGCGACAGUGUGGAGCCGACAGAAGCCGCGGCGCCUCAGUAAGAUGAAGAUUGUCCCAGUGGCAAGUGCAUCCCAGCUGACCCUUGUCGACCUGGUCUGUGCGCUCAGCACCCUGCAGACAGACACGGUGUUGCACCUGGCGAAGGAGGUGGUGAAGAGGCCGCCGCAAAUCCGAGGGGAUGAGAAAGCACCCCUUGUGGAUAUCCCCGUGUUGCAGUUUUGCUACGCUUUCGUCCAAAGGCUCCCAGUCACAGCCUUGCAAGAGAACUUCCCUUCAUUGCUGGGUGUGUUGAAGGAAUCCGUACAGUUGAACCUAGCUCCCCCUGGAUACUUUCUGCUUCUCAGCAUGCUGAACGAUUUUGUGACGAGAACUCCCAACCUGGAAAGCAAGAAGGACCAGAAGGACCUGCAGGAAGUCACUCAAAAAAUCCUAGAAGCCGUAGGGAGCAUUGCUGGCUCUUCCUUGGAACAAACCAGCUGGCUAAGCAGAAACCUGGAAGUGAAGGCCCAGCCUCAGAUCUCUCUAGAAGAAUCUGAUGCUGAGGAAGAUUUGUGUGAUGAGUUCCUCAGAGGGAGAGAGCAGCAAAAGAGCCCAGGAUGUUUGCCAGAUGCCACCGCAGCUGCUUCAGCAAUGGUGUCCACGUCUGCCCCGUCGGUGUACAGCGUGCAGGCCCUGUCUCUCCUGGCAGAGGUCCUGGCAUCUCUCCUGGACAUGGUUUAUCGAAGUGACGAGAAGGAGAAAGCAGUGCCCUUGAUCUCCCGCUUGCUUUAUUACGUGUUUCCUUACUUACGCAAUCACAGUGCCUACAACACUCCCAGCUUCCGGGCCGGCGCUCAGCUGCUGAGCUCUCUGAGCGGCUACGCCUAUACCAAGCGAGCCUGGAAGAAAGAAGUCCUGGAGUUAUUCUUGGACCCUGCUUUCUUCCAGAUGGACACUUGCUGUGCACAUUGGAAGUCCAUUAUUGACCAUCUUCUGACUCACGAGAAAACAAUGUUUAAAGAUCUAAUGAACAUGCAGAGCAGUUCUUUAAAACUGUUCUCGAGUUUUGAGCAGAAAGCCAUGCUGCUAAAGCGCCAGGCUUUUGCCGUCUUCAGUGGAGAACUUGAUCAAUACCACCUUUACCUUCCUCUGAUACAAGAACGCCUGACAGACAAUCUCAGAGUUGGACAGACAUCCAUAGUUGCUGCUCAGAUGUUUCUUUUUUUCAGAGUUUUGCUGCUAAGAAUAUCUCCCCAACAUCUGACUUCACUGUGGCCCAUAAUGGUCUCUGAAUUAAUUCAGAUAUUCAUACAGCUUGAAGAAGAUCUGAGAGACGAUGAUGAAUCGUUGAGAAACAGCAAUAAAAUCAACAGAAUGAAAAUUGCCGAUGGAAAUGGGCCCUCCGUGGGGGAGAUACCCCCGAGUGAACUGGUCUUAUAUUUAUCAGCUUGCAAAUUCCUGGACACAGCACUUUCUUUUCCACCUGACAAGAUGCCGUUAUUUCAAAUUUACAGGUGGGCAUUUGUUCCAGAAGUGGACACAGAGGGCCCUGCCUUCCUGUCGGAUCUCGAGGAGAGUCACCAAGAAUGCAAACCCCACACCGUUAGGAUUCUGGAACUUCUAAAACUAAAAUAUGGGGAAAUUGGCAGCUCUGAUGAGAUCACCAUGAAGAAUGAAUUCCCCCUUCUGCGCCAGCAUUCUGUUUCCAGCAUCAGGCAACUGGUGCCAUUCUUCCAGACUCUCAGUUGUGCUUUUAAAACCCAGAGUAAACUGCCUGCUGAUACCCAAGGACCUCCGGUCUUGGAGUUUCCUGUUACAGAUAGCCCAAGGGUCUUGAAACAACUAGAAGAAUGUGUUGAGUAUGAUUUUUUGGAACAUCUGGAAUGUUAACCACGUAAGACAGAAUUUCAAAUCCGUUUACUGAUACCGCUGUGAAAACCAGGAUUUAUCCUAAACAAGAAAAGAGCCGGGAUAGUGCUUUUAAAUAAGUUUAUUUCAAUUUUGAAGGUCGAUUUCAGAUAAUUUUCUGUGGGGCAACAAAACACACCUCCCUAAAUGCCUUGUAAUAUAUUUGGAUCUGAUUGUAUGUUUCUUCCUCAAUUUAUGUAAAGAAAAUAAAAUAAUAUAUCAUCUGA